GUGAGAUUUACAAGACAGACUCCUCCUUCUAACGGACAUAUUUGUUUCGCGCAAGUCAGAUCUUUGGUCGCAUUGCGUGUCUCUAUGAUUUCAACUUCACAUUUGUAAUAUAUUUAUUUCCAUGGCGCCAAAAAGAGGCAGUGGCCAGGCGGUGCCUGCCGAGUUGUCAUUAGUUCACCUCAAGAACUGCUUGGUCAAUCUGCCGUCCUCUUUGGAGUCUCUACUUGUUAAUACCAAUACUGUGGCGCAAAAUGUCAUUGUCGAACUUAGCUACAAGGAAAUGCCCCCGCCAUCCGCCACCGGCGACAAGGCGGAACCGACACAGAAAUCGAUAUAUGUUGGAUGGACAGGUAUGCCGAGUAGGCGGAAGCUUGCACCAAUAGUUAGCAAAGACGGCAUAAGCGGGACACGAGGCAAUGCCUCCGGUCGAGAGCAAGAAAUCCCACUUGUUGAGAUAGAUGCAACAUUCGGUCAAACUCUCGGCUUGUCAGAUGGGCAGAAAGUCACAGCAAGCCUUCAUCUCGACCCUCCGCUCUCUCACACGGUAAACAUAGAGCCGCUUACCUCGGCCGAUUGGGAGAUUAUAGAACUCCAUGCCACAUUCCUCGAACUGAACUUUCUGUCUCAAAUAAGAGCACUACCCAAUCCAACCUAUGUGUCGGCCAAUGGUCAGUCAACAAAACCGCAGGCUCUCACCGUACAUCUCUCUCCAAAUUCGACCGCAAAUAUCAUAGUUACAGGUCUCACUCCUGCGCUACCAUCGACUUCGCCCUUUGCCAAAAUUGCGCCAGAUGCAGAAGUCUUCGUGGCUCCAAAGGCCAGAACUUCAACUCGCGCGACUAGCAGAGAGAACCGCAGUAGUGCCGGAGCAUCCAGAAGAAGCGCAGGCGGCAGGAGUGGCGCAAGCACUGCUCGACAAAAGGCCGAGAGAGAGGCGGAAGCGCGGCCUUCGAUAUUAUUCCGCGGCCUCGACAGAAGCCAAUGCGAUGAUUGGUUCCAGGAGGACGAGAAGCAAAGCCCCCAGAGUUUAACUGUCUGGGUGGACAGUGAAGUCAUACAAGGCAAGAACCUGCGCGGGGUCUCCUACGUUUGUGUUACGGUGAUUAAACCCGCUGGCCUCGACGCACCGGUGGAUCCUCAGAAGCAGCAGCAAGAUGCCGAGGCAGCUGGUGAAGCAGGGAAACCCACACAUAAAGUCGUUGCUAAACUGGCCGAAUGGGACGACCCACCGGACAGUCGUCAUAUUGCGUUAUCAUCUACACUAUGCGCAUCACUGGGUUGUGCUGGGUUUGUGGGAGGUCUGGUCAAGAUUGAACCAGCACCCCAGCAGAUGCCGCUUCCACAGCAUAUCCGCAGAGAAUCAGGGUCCGAACAAAACAGCUCCACUCAAAAGCUAAUGAUUUACCCAUUUAUUUCACCCAACACCAAACGAUCUGACGGUAUCAGAUUCGGGGGAGAGUCUAAAGCUGAGCGGGAAGAGGCUGCAAAGCGCAUUCUCAACGCUUAUGGCAGGCUAGUUCCUGGGGGAGGUCUGCUUGAUGGGCCGCUCACAGAUGGGUUAGUCUUGCCCCCACAUACAGACCUUACGAGGUCCUCGUCAUGGGAGGGCGGAUUAAUACGUUUUGACCCAUCGGUACAACCGGGGGAGGCAGGAAGCCAGCCAUGGGGGUGGAUUAUCGGAUCUGGGCGCAAAUUUUCAAUCGACAUCCAAAAUCCGAUACCACAACCAGGAUCUCUUUCUGGCAGCGAUGCUAUUGGAGAGUCCUUAUCAGCGGAAGCUCCUCAAUUAGUCGGCAUUGAUGCUUUACAGUCCCAGCUACAAUCUCACCUCACGCAUUUAUCGGGAGUACUCCUUACCGGAGGCCUCGGUGCUGGGAAAAGCUCUGUUGCGCAGCUACUGGCACACAAACUACAAGCCGAAAAUUUGUUCCAUACAACUUAUUUCCCCUGUCGGAAAUUGGUCACAGAUGAAACCCGCGUGGCUACGAUUAAAGAGACUCUUACCCGUGUCUUUAUGGAUGCGGGCUGGGGUGCACGCCUUGGAGGUCAGUCUUUAGUCAUUCUGGAUGACUUGGACAGACUGUGCCCUGCAGAAACAGAGCUAGAAGUAGGCAGCGAGAACGGUCGCAGCAAACAGAUUAGCGAGAUUAUCUGCUCGAUUGUGAAGCAAUACUGCGGCCAAAAUACUGGAGUUGUUUUGCUAGCAACUGCCCAAGCAAAGGAGUCUCUUAAUAACGUUAUUGUUGGUGGACAUGUGGUGAGAGAAAUUCUUAGCUUGAAGGCGCCGGACAAAGAAGCGAGGCGGAGAGUCAUGGAGAUGGUUGUCAACCAAAACGUAGUGGAUAACACAAAGGACUGCGAUGACGAUGCAAACACGGGUAGUCGGCCGCCUACUGCUGAUGGCGAGACGGACGAAGAAGACGCCGGCGGUUGGAUGGCCGUCGCAUCAUCGUCUAAAAAGUCUGGGUUGGCUUCUGAGAACACUGAAGGGUUUGUCCUUGGUCGCGAAGUCGACUUUUUAGACCUUGCAGGCCAGACAGACGGAUACAUGCCUGGUGAUCUUGUCUUGCUCGUAUCGCGGGCACGGAACGAUGCACUCAUUCGGUCCGUUUCAGAAACGUCGUCCACGAUCCAAUUGGGCAAAGUGGACUUCCAGAGCGCGCUGAAGGGAUUUACUCCGGCUUCUCUUCGUAACGUUACUCUGCAGACCUCUACAACUACUUUCGACUCUAUCGGUGGUCUCCACGAGACACGCAAGAUCUUGCUCGAAACCCUUCAGUACCCAACCACUUAUGCCCCGAUUUUUGCGCAGUGCCCUCUUCGACUCCGUUCCGGUCUCCUCCUUUACGGAUAUCCCGGAUGUGGCAAGACGAUGCUCGCAAGUGCAGUGGCAGGUGAAUGCGGCCUCAACUUCAUCAGUGUCAAGGGCCCUGAGAUUCUUAACAAGUACAUUGGUGCUUCGGAGAAGUCCGUCCGCGACCUGUUUGAUCGCGCUGAGGCAGCAAGGCCAUGCGUCCUCUUCUUUGACGAGUUUGAUUCCAUUGCACCAAAGCGUGGCCAUGAUUCUACGGGUGUUACAGACCGCGUGGUCAACCAGCUGUUGACACAGAUGGAUGGCGCAGAGGGCUUGUCUGGGGUGUACGUUCUUGCGGCCACUUCCAGACCUGAUCUGAUCGACCCCGCCUUGUUGCGUCCAGGUCGUUUGGACAAGUCGCUUAUUUGCGAUUUGCCAACAUACGACGACCGUAUCGAUAUUCUCCGCGCUCUUGGAAAGAAAUUGAAGCUCUCCAACGAGGUGAUCGACGGGCCUGAAGGCGGUCUUCGUGAGAUCGCACAUCGCACGGAAGGAUACUCAGGCGCUGAUCUACAAGCCCUGGUAUCAAAUGCGCAGUUGGAAGCUAUUCACGACGUCCUAGGUGACCAAGAUCACACCACUCCAAGCAAAGCAAAUAAUAAGCGUGGUGCGAAAACGGGCGUAUCGCCCACGUCUGCGAAAUCCUUUAUCCAAUUCCGCUACGGAGAAGCAGAGAACGAGGCGGAGGUCGAAGCUCGUGCCACCGCAGGGUUGAACCGCUCCAAGGCGCUCGCGGAACAGGCAGCUAUCACCGCUAAACUUGUUGCACUUAAACUUGCCAAGAAGAAGCAGAAGUUGGCGCAGCGGGGAAAUCUUGGGAAGGACAAGGCUGAUGGCGAGCCAGAGGAGAAGGAGCAUAAGGAGGUGACGAUCGGGUGGAAGCACAUUGUGAAGGCGUUAGAGGGUACGAGAGCGAGUAUCAGCAAGGACGAGAGACGGAGAUUGGAGAAGAUCUACAGGGAGUUUGUAGUGGGUAGGAACGGGGAGAUGCCUAAUGGGCAGGGCCCGACUGAGGUUGGCGGAAGGAGUAGUUUGAUGUAAAGGCAUGUAAAUCUAUACUACAUACAGGAUAUGACAUUUACGAUAUCUAAUUCAAUUUUGCGGA